CUUUCCAGCUAAACGCCGGAUAAUACUUCAUACAACUUACAAUAUUCUAUAUUGUGAUCAUCACAACAGCCAAGACAACCUAAAAGAAGACAGUGAUCUCACACUUGGCUGGCAGCUUUUUAUCUUUCUCUUGACCGUUUAAAACUUCAGGCUUCCUGCCGUCCUGGUGUCAUGGAUAAAGUCCAAUACCUCACUCGCUCUGCUAUAAGAAGAGCUUCAACCAUUGACGUGCCUCAACACGCACGUCAAAAUCUCCAGAACCUAUUUGUCAAUUUCUGUCUCAUCUUAAUAUGUCUCUUGCUGAUUUGCAUCAUCGUGAUGCUUCUCUGAAGUUCUGCUGCAAUCUCCAGUGCUGCAACUUACCACCAUCAGCUUAAAAUCUAUCAUCCCAUGAAGAAGGGAAAACAAUACUACAUAAGAGACCACUUCCUAAGUAGAAGAAUUUCUUUGUGAAAAGGUCAAGAUUUGGAACAAAACAAAUUGUUAGCAAAUGUAUUCAUCUGCUGGAUGUUGUAAACAUAAAAAGGGCUUUAUUUUAAAAAAUUAACUUUAAAAUGACUAUAAUGUAACUGCUAAUUUUCUCAAAAGAGCUUAUAAGUUUCUAUCCCAAAUCUUUCCUAAGGAUGAACUGGGGUUUAAUUUUGAAAUUGCACUGCUAACAAGUUCACUUCAUAUAUAAAGUAUUAGCUUCACUCUUUGGGGGUAAAUAUAAUUUAUACUGUACUGUAAAAGCCUCUUUGAUGUUUAUUAAGUAUUUUUCAGGUCUUUACCAAAUAUAUCAAAAUAAUCAUUCAAAUGAAAUGUCAUCAUUUGAAACAGCCCUAACAUCUGUUAUCUUUACUAUCAUCAUACAGAAGUCUUUGUAGUAAUUCUAUCAGAACCUACAUUCUAAAAUAGAAAUUACGUUUUUUGUAUACUACUCUAAUAUUUUAAGUUUAUGUGAAUCAAGUUAAAAAAAACAAGAUCAUACCCUUACAUAAGUAAAAUUUAACUAAUUUUUUCAAAGAAUUACAGAAUUUUAGCACAUGUAGGUAAACUGUAAAUCUGUUCUCUCUAGGACUUUAUGAUCAAUAGACAAGAACUGUUGGUUAAUUUAACAUCUGACAUUGUGAUUAGCCAUAAAUACUAAUACACUAAUAGAACAGAAUCAACCUUAAUUUAAGGCACUAUAGCUAAUUAUCUGAGUUAGAGCACAUAACUGCCACACUGUAUCUCUGGAAUCAUGAAAUUUUAAGACAUCAGAAUGAUUUUACAGGUGGUCUUCUGUUCUAAUCUCACACUCAAUGUAGGCAAGGAACAGAAUAAAAGAAAAAAUAUUAUUUCCAGCAUUAAAAAAUAAAAUUUUUAACUAUCUCUCCAAAAUUAACAAAUUCUUUGAUUAAAUUUUGAAAUGAACUUUUUUUUUUUUUUUGUGGUAUGCGGGCCUCUCACUGUUGUGGC